CGUACUACCUACCACUCAAAAGAUUACUCGAUUACUCCUGUCCUACAAACACUGAGAAAUAUUACAUGAAGAGCUGGGCAAUGAUUCAGUUGUAUGUAAUCAUUUUGCUGUCAUCAGCAGGAGGUGGCGCCUCAAAGAUUGACGUUCCGUGUGCAGAUGGGUUGAAAUACAUUCAAAAUGGAGAAAAUAUCACUCUGAAUUGCCCUUUUCUCACUUUUGAUGUGAUGGUGACUGCAUGGCUCAAACAGACUCCAGGAGAAAAGCUUCUUGUCAUUGCUUAUGCUUAUCGCACUACAACAGUUAAAUAUUAUAAUGGUUUCCACGAAAGCGGCCGCUUUAAUGCAUUAAGAGAACUAAGCAGUUUUACUCUGAGUAUCUCAAAUGCAGAACCAUCUGAUUCAGCUACAUAUUACUGUGUGGCUGCAGAUUAUACAGGCACUGCAUUAUUAGGUUGUACCAUUUUAGUCCUCAAAGGUUCGUCUUCAAGUCUCUCUGCUGUUCUCCAGCCUCCUGUAUCAGAUCCUGUUGAACUGGGAGGAGAUAAAACUUUGCAGUGUUCAAUACUCACAGAUGCGUCUGCAGGAGAUCACAGUGUGUACUGGUUCAGACAUGGAUCAGGAGAAUCCCAUCCAGGAAUCAUUUACACUCAUGGAAACAGGAGUGAUGAGUGUAAGAAAAGCUCUGAGACUGAUUCUCCUACACAGAGCUGCGUCUACAAACUCCCCAAGAGAAACCUCAGCCUCUCUGAUGCUGGAACUUACUACUGUGCUGUGCUCAUGUGUGGAGAGAUCAUCUUUGGGAACGGAACUAAACUGGACUUUGCAGACAAUGGAGUAUUGGAUCCAGCAAUUCUUGUUUUAGCAGCAUCAAACAUCAUAUCCCUGAGUGUGAUUUUAUUUCUGUGCAGAAAACACAGCGGUCAUCGUAACGAUGCUGCUAUUCACGCAGUCCAGGCACACCAGGCUGCAUGUGAUGAAGCUUUCAACUUGGCAGCAGGAAGUUUCAACAGUGAACCGCAGCACAUUAAAGAGGCGGAUGUGCAGUCUCUGGUCAUUUAUUACCAACAAAACUGAACUUUCUAAAGCUUAUAAAAUCAUCCUUAUGUUGCUAAUGCAGUGU